ACGUGUCCAUCCAGUGGCUGAUCUCCGCUCCGGGAUUGGUUGUUUUAUCGUCAUCGUCAUUUCUAUCCAUCUCCUCCGACCGACCUUCUAUCGCAUCGCAGCGUUUGAUUCACUCUCUCUCUCUCUCAAUCUCGCACGCUCGCGACGCCCCCGCACAUGGCGCCGGCCACCAACACGAGGAAGCGGCACCGCAGUUCCUCCGCCGCCGCCUCCACCGCCGCCACCGGCCCCGCCUCCCCCUCCGCCGCCAUCAGGCGCGUCUCCUCCACGUCCUCCUUCUCCUCCGGCGCCUCCGCGUCCGCCGCCUCGCCCUCCCCGUCCUUCGACGAUCCCUCCACCGCCGACGUCGUCCUCUGCCUCAACCACCAGGCCUCGCCGCUCGACGCCGGGGAGUCUUCCUCCAACUCGGACUCGAGGCGCUCCGAUCCCGUGCAGAUCCACCUCCACUCCUCCGUCCUCCACCGUUCCCAGUACUUCGACGCCCUCCUCUCCGGCCGGUGGCAGAACCGCGAUCCCCCCUCCCCCUCCGCCGACGUCCUCCUUUGCAACCUCACCGUCUCCGGCCCGGUCGACGCGUACGUGACCGUCCUUAGCCUCCUCUACACGGAUGACUUCUCCUCGGCGAUCACCUCCGCUUCCACCGCUCUCGAUCUCCUCCCCAUCGCGCUGGAGUUGCUCUUCGAGGACUGCGUCAAAUCCUGCGUCAGGUUCCUCGAAGCCGUGCCGUGGACCGAGGAGGAGGAGUCCAGGGUCAUAAACCUCACCCCGUUCCUCAAAGACGAGGAAUCGAGCGAACUCCUCGCUAGGGUUUCGCCGGAUAACAAGGAUUCCUGCGAGGAAAUGCUCUUCGGAUUAAUCCAGGCCGCGUUCAAGAACCAGGCGAACAUGGCCUCCUCGAAGGUGGCCUCCUCGAAGGCCUUCGUCGCGAAGAUCCUGAGGGAGAUCUCCAACCGCGACGUGGCACGGAGAGUUCUCGAGAGAGCGUUCACGGAGAGGCUUAAGGUCGUGAAGGAGUCGUUGGAGGAGUAUUCGAGUCCGGACUUCAGAGAGGAUCAUGACGAGACGGAGGCCAUACAGAGGCUGCACUUGCACAUGGCAACGACGAACGGGAGGCAUUUGCUGUGGCUGGUGGAGAGGAUGAUCGAGUUGCGAGUGGCGGAGGCUGCAGCGAAGGAGUGGAGUGAGCAGCCAAAUUUCACGGCCGAUUUGCUGAAGGCUUUCGUGGAUGAAUCGUGGAUGUGCAUCGUGCCAGGCUUCCCGGCCGUGAUGAUGCGAUGCACAUUGAAGCUUGCUCAAGCGAUUACCGCCGGGAAUAUUUUGGCUGCUAGACAGGUCCGCAUGAAGCUUGUAGAAGAUUGGCUUCCGGUUGUAAUUGUGUGCAAGGACAAGGGUUUGGCUACGCUUUGCAGUUCCAAGUCUAUUUACUCAGACCUGGAGGAAACGUUUUUGUCGAUAAUUUCGACGCUGCCCAUGUCUGAUGCGCAGUUGCUACUGCAAAAAUGCCUCUGCUUCUCUACUCGUAGUACCGAAGAUUGCCCUCACUUGGUCACAGCCUUUAACACAUGGUUCCGCCGUGCGAGUCAAACCGUCGUUCCAGAGAAUCGACAGUAGCAUGCAUGACUAUGGGCAGAUUCUUGCUGCCCUUGUUGCUGUUGCUGCAAUGUCUUGUGGGUACAUGUUAUAUAGAUUGUACAUAUGGCUAUGCUGUUCAUAGAGUUGAAUGUCUUUGGUACUUGUGAGACUCGCAUCUUGUUUUGGGAAACAGAGCUGAAGUUAGAAUCAACUGCAGUUUCUCGUGCCUUAUCUGUU